CUUGGGGUCCGGGGAGGCUCCUCCGCACGCCAUGUGCCCGUGUCCCCGGCAUCGCGGCCGCGGGCCUCCGGCCGUGUGCGGUUGCGGCGAUGCUCGCCCGGGGCUGCGCUGGGCGGCGGCGCAGGUGACCGCGCUGAGGCUGCAGGCGCUGGGCGACGAGCUGCACCGACGCGCCAUGCGGCGCCGCGCACGGCCCCGGGACCCGCUUCCUGCGCUGCUGCCCGCGCUCCGCGCCCGCUGGCCCUGGCUGUGCGCGGCCGCGCAGGUGGCGGCGCUGGCGGCCUGGCUGCUCGGCAGGCGGAGCGCGUAGGCGGCGCGCGCGGGGCCUUCUUGGUAGGGGGGACCGGAGCCGAGACCCAGCCCGGACCGAGCAACAGGUUGGCGAAACCCUGUAUCCUUGGAGGAAGCUGGUUCCCAUUUUCCUGAGGGGGGAACCCGGACCUUGGAAGGAAGUUGAGUGGAAAGACCCACCCAGAGCUGAUGGUGGAAACACGGACUGAGGAAGCCCCCGGGAAGUCCAGCUGCAGAGAUAGCCACCCCAAUACUAUUUACAUAUAGCUAUACAUACAUACAUAUAUAUAUAUACACACAAAAAAAAAAAAGAGAGAGAGAGAGAGAAAAUACAAAAUUCUGUAUCUGUGCAUGCCUGCGGGGCAUGUGGUCCCUCCCCUUUCCGCACCUUGCAAUGUGAACUUUGAGACUUUGUAAUGUCUGGGGCAGCAGGGGAGACAGAUGCUUGCUGCUCUGUGUGUGCUGGAAACUUACAUGGACUGGUGGGAUCAGCCUCAGCAUGGACCAACUGCCCAGCACAGAUGUUGGCAUGGAGUAGUGGGAACUCUGCCAAAACCAAGAUGGACAAAAACAAAGGGGAUGUGGGGCCCGUUUUGUUGGGUGCAGCCUGGGGUCCCUCUCCAUUUCUUGACAUGUCCUAGUCUCUCUGUGUCCCUAUCUAGACAGCUCUCAUGGUCGCAGCCAGAGAAAUGGGGUGUCAUUUUCUUUUCCUACCUAUCUGGUGUGUGUGGUGCUGAACUUCAAAUUCUCUUGGUGCUAAGUGUGUCCUUGGCGAGGUCAGCGUCUUAACUGACAGACCCAGAAGACCAAGGGAUGACAGGUUUCUAUUUUGCUCUUUGAAUAUCCUCUUUUUUUUUUUUUUAAGGGCCAAGUAUGAGUGCCACUAAGGAGUCUUUCUAUGGGGGAGCGGGGAAUGCUCACAGGGGCUUAGGAGCAAACCCCGGGGUGCCUGGGAAGGAGGAGGGGCGAGCCUGGUUGAAGAAGCUGCUUAGGAGCUGGCAAUUCCCUCCUCCCCCUGCAGCAAUACCCUGGGAGACUGCUGUGGCCUCCCCCACUUCCUGAGGGGAUUCAGGGCUUAGGUUUUAUAAAGAGCCAAGAAAUGGCUGCGUUCUGACGGAGGAGCGUGAUUUACAAGCAGGGGAUGCUGGGGAGGGGGCGGACCUUUUAAAUAGAAUGUCCGAUUUCCCUGCUCCCCAAACACACAUAGGAUAAGCUACUGUUUUCAGAAGUUUCUCGAAGGGCUAAUAUAAAUAAAUAGAUAUAUAAAUACAUAUAUUAUAUAUAUAAAAUGAAGCUGUGUGCUUGACUAAUAUUUGACUGCAAGGGCUCACUGCUUCAGGAGUGAUUAUUAAUUUUUGCUUUCAUUUUUUUAAAAAAUGAUUCCAACAGAAACAGGUAUUAUUCCUCUGCAUGGAUACUUUAUUGCCUCUAUUGUGAUCUUCGUGGCUGAGUUGGUGAGGGAGCCUGCCUUGGGCUCAGUGAGACAGUUACUCUUAUUUUUAAUUUUUGAGACAAGGUCUGGUGCUGGAGACCAGGCUGACCUCCGAUCUUGAGCCUCCUGCCUUGGCAUCUGGCAUUUCGGACACUGCCUGCCAGGGGGACAGUCAUUUUCCCCUGGCUGAAUUUGCAGGUCGCUUGCCUGGUGCCUGGGGACCAGGGGGUCUGCUAGGAAGCACCAGUUAUUAGGGUGCACAGGGCUACAAGGGAAAUGGUCCCGGUCAAUUAUGCUGAGUGUGAUCAGCUCCUAAAGUACACACCCUCUCUGUCCGGUGACAACGGGCUCCUUUCAUUCAUUUUUCCUUCUCCAUAUUGAAUCCAUGCCUUACAGUUCUCUAAAUAACCCAUUAAAGAAAAAUGCAACUGAGAACUCAAUGCUGAAGCCUCCCCUCCAUCCCUUAAAUACCAGAAUUGAAAUCAGCAAAGGAAAAAAAAAAUAAGAAAGAGUUUAUUUGGCAGGGAGGCAGUAGGCAGCAUGCCGAGCCCUCCUCACCAAGCCGGAAUUACACAGGAUCUGGAAAACACUCUCUGUAUUUAGUCCCUUUCUGAGCGAGGAACAGAGUCCUUGCAAAGCAUCCAGGGAAGGUGCUUGCUAUGGUGGGAAUCAGGGGUGUCGGGCUCUUUAAAGGGAUAUUGUCAAGAUCGCAGUGGGGACUUGCUAACCCCAGAGAGACCCAGCAUAAGGGUCAGAGGUCAGAGAAUACCUCCCUUUUUAUGUUUUGCUUUUGAGCCUGACAUUGCCUGUUAGCAUAGGCUAUCUCUCUGGAGGAUUUGAACUCCAAACACAGAGGUUGGCAUCUCCGAUGAUUUUUAUUUCAAUGAAGCUGUGCUGCUGAGAGAACCUGGGCACCCAUGACCUUGUGAUGGAACUUUUCAGCCAAGCCCUCUGUAAAUAUUCUCCCGUAGUAAUGGAAACCAUGUAUUUAUCGAAAGGGGGGUAGGGUGGGGGAUGGGGAGCUUGGCUCACGCGCUGUUCAUUCAAGUGCGCUUCGUCUUUGCCCCGAAUUUGAUGGGGUUGUUUUUAAAUGCUGUUUUUUAUAUGAGAUUUGACUUCUUGAUGGACAUUUGUAUUAGGAUACUGAAGCAUGCUAGCCAUGUCUGUUGUCUCCACUGUCUCUGAUGUGACGUUACUUGGACUGCAUGAGAUAGUGGGAUGGGCUUUCUGUUGAUGGUGUUAUUGCAAGAGGAAAAAACAAAACAACAACAAAAAACCCAGCUUCCACAGAGUGUGAAGUGCUGGCACCAUCCUCCCUUUUAUCUCCCGCUUCCCCUGGCUGCCAAGGAGCAUUGAUUUUGAUUUGCCUCUCCGCAGUCUGUGAUGAGGGAAAGAGAGGGAGAGAGGCUUUGAAAUAAAUUUUAAAAAAGACCUCAUAUUGGGUCAGCAGACAGCAGCGUCUGUGUGUGUGUGUGUGUGUGUGUGUGUGUGUGUGUCCGUGCAAAGCCUAGGAGGUCUCUGAGAUCAUUGCUAGGGAGCUAGCUGUGUGACGAGAUGAGGCACUAUCUGUCACCCGGGUCCAAAAGCUGCUGCCUGCUCUCUGAGGGUGAGGGUCCUGGAGUCUGGGGGACUGAAGCCUUCCAGAGUAGGUCCACUCCCUUCUGGAAGCUUCUCUCCUUUACCUCAUCCUCAACAAGCAAGAUCUCUGUUCAAGUUUGAGGUUCCAUCUCUCUUUGUUUUGGAAAGGGAGAGACUGAGCCAGAGUUGUUUUGGAGAACCCCUGGACACUUCCUGUCCCCACUCCCCAAGCUUCCCAGCCAUAUUUCCUCUUCACCUCUAUGGAUAGCCUUGUUCUGUUUCCUCUCUACUGUGAUGAGGAGUGGGGACCUAAACAAAUCGUCACAGGAUAAGGAGGCUGCGAAUGCCCCGUGACAUUUCAUACAGCUGAGCUCAUGUCUCAUGUGCGCCUGACUACUGUCAUGCUUCUGGAAUUGACCAAGCGUCAUUCUUCCUCACUGAGGACUGCGGGAGGAAGCAGACGCUGGCACACCCUACACAAAUAUCUCCAGGAGACACUUUGGAGGUCACUACUGUGUACUAUUUAUGUUUGUUACAGUUUUUUUGAGACAUGGAGCCCAGACUGGUCUUGAGCUCACUAUACAGGAGAGGAUAACCCUAAACUUGGUAUCCUCCUGCCUCCACUUCCUGAUUCCAGGUGUAGGCCACUACACCUGGCUUAUGCUGGACUGUUUGAAUGUCCACAGUGAACUGUUAGAAACUGCAAUGACCGGAACACAGACUCUCUGCUUUGUUCAUACUAUUUUCUUUUCUGAGCCUGAAGUCAAAUUGGGGGAGCCCAGGGUGUCAGAAGUUGGUUGAGGAUUUGGGGAGUAGGAGAGGAGCAGACUAUUCCUACGCGAGCUGAUCCAAAGGCCCACAAAGGGGGUACGUUGACAUCACAGUGUCUUUUGAAACCGUUAGCCAAAAGUUUAUCUUUUUUAAGGUUUUGAUCAAUUUGCUCGAUACCUAUUUACUGAGCAUCUAGAGUGUGCCAGCUGGAGACCUCCACCUCGGAACGAACUUAGUUAUGGUACAGCAACGGUCCUUUUGGAGACCAGAUGCUGUGAAAUGUCCCUUUGCAGUCUGGCUCACAAUUUGUAACAGAUCUGCCAGGUCACCAUGGUGACCUCACGCCUUGCUGGCAGAUUGCUAUAUAGUAUUUUUUUUUGCAUGCCAUGCUCUGGGCUGAAUACAAUUAAAAAGCUUGUUGUAUUGUCUCCUCAGUGGGAAGAUUGGUCCCUUUGUACAUAAUCAAAGACCCCUUCACAGAACGAGUACUGCCCAUCGUGGAGUACUGCACGAGGUGCUUUCUGAGGCUUCGCCCCAGAGAUCCUCACCCUAGUGGUAGUGCCACUGAGCCCAUUUUACAGAUGAAGAAGCUGAAGGCGGCCAACAGCCAGUGGCUGAUCUAAGGUUUGCAUUUGAAUCCGUGUGACGCAGGGAGGCACUGGCAUUAGAUUAAGGGGCUCUGGUGUUGUUCAUUUGAAAGCAAGCAUUGUGUGUCCUCGCUCAUGGGCAGACAUUGCUAGUCCAGAGGCAAGGGCGCACCUGUGGGCCAGCAGGGAGUGUCUACGUUUGCUCAAUGGAAAGAAUACCUUAUCUGAGGGCACUUGAGAGCAGGCUGAAGUUUCAGGGGUUGUUCCCAGCUUCAAUAAACUCCAGGGUGAAGGGUGUCUAAUGUGCAAAUGGCUUGUCCCACUCAUCUCCUUGGCUAUGGGAAGUUUUUCUUACCUCUCUUAUCUAUCUUCUCCCCCGAACUCCAGACUCCCUCAAAGUGUUUGCACUGUAAGAGUCAAGGAGCCCAUGUACAUGGCAGAGACGGUUGUGAAGGGCAUUUGGAACCUGGGGGACAUUCUGUCUGGGUCCUGACAUUGUUGCCUUGUGCUCUUUUCUAAGUGGAAUUUCCUACCUGGACGCUUUGUACAUAUUUGUUACACUUUUAAUAAAAAAUUGAUUGUGCA